UCAGCCAUCAAGAUCAGUUGCGCAACGCGAAGGGAGAUCAAACCAAUCGGACGUGCGCCAUGGGCGAGCUGCCUCCCGGGUACCGCUUCUACCCUACCGAGGAGGAGCUGGUGCGUUUCUACCUCCGGCACAAGCUCGACGGCAGCCGCCGCGCCGACAUCGAGCGCGUCAUCCCCGUCGUCGACGUCUGCUCCCUCGACCCAUGGCAGCUCCCAGAGGUGCACCGGGGCGCCUGCGCCGGCCACGGGGAGCCGUGGUUCUACUUCUGCGCGCGGCAGGACCGGGAGGCGCGGGGCGGCCGGCCGAGCCGCACGACGCCGUCGGGGUACUGGAAGGCGGCGGGCACGCCAGGGUUGGUCUACUCCGCCGCCGGCCGCCCCGUCGGGACCAAGAAGACCAUGGUGUUCUACCGCGGCCGCGCGCCGGCCGGGACCAAGACCAAGUGGAAGAUGAACGAGUACAGGGCCCUCGAGGAAGACGGUUCCGAUGCCGAUGGCGCCGCUCCGGCACCGAACCCUGUGUUCCAGGUGCGGAGCGAGUUCAGCUUGUGCCGGCUAUACACAAGUUCAGGCAACAUGCGGCAGUUCGACCGCCGGCCGUGCACUGCCUUCGCCGGAGGCAGCCGCGCGUCGUCGUCCGCUGUGCCUGCAUCGCCGGAUGAAGAUGUUGAAGUGGGAAGGUGUCAGAAGAGGAAAAGGCAUGCAGCUAACGUCAACACGCCGUCUAGCAACGCUUACCACCCCGUGCAGCAGCAGCAGGAGAAGCAGGGAGGCGCCGAUGAGGAGCUCGUCGACGACAUGACCGACUGGGCAGAGCUUUUGGCAUGGAUCUAAGAGAUGGAUGAUGCAGCAGGGUAGGCUGCUGCCUGGUGGCAUUAGGGUUACUCAGAUACAAUGCUCUCUCACUGGUAUGCCGAACUUAUAUGAUGGCCUUUUAUGGGUUGCCGGUGGUGGUAAAUAAGAGAAUGAACUUCUUCAGAUUAAGAUUGCUCCAGAUUACACUAGCAGGAAGAUGAUAAGAAAAAGAAAUAUCAUCUUCUCAAAUGGUCUGAUGUGUGUAGGCCAAAAGACUUAGCAGGUUUCGGUAUUCAAAACCUUGUUGUCAUGAACGAGGUCUUACUUUAUAAAUAGUGCUGUAAAAUCU